AUGAGCAUCAGCGCCCCACCCAGACUCCUGGAGCUGGCAAGGCAGAGCCUGCUGAGGGACCAGGCCUUGGCCAUCUCUGCCAUGGAGAGGCUGCCCAGGGAGCUCUUCCCCACACUGUUCGUGGAGGCCUUCAGCAGGAGAUGCUGUGAAACCCUGAAAAUGAUGGUGCAGGCCUGGCCUUUCACCCGCCUCCCUCUCGGGUCCCUGAUGAAGUCGCCUCAUCUGGAGACCUUAAAAGCUGUGCUGGAGGGAGUUGAUGUGCUGCUGGCCCAGGGGGUUCGCCCCAGGUGGUCAAAACUUCAAGUGCUGGACUUGAGGAAUGUGGAUGAGAACUUCUGCAGCAUAUUGUCUGGAGCCACUGCAUCCUUCCCGGAGGCUCUGAGUCAGAAGCACACAGCAGAGAGCUGUCCAGGGACAGGCGGGCAGCAGCCCUUGAUGGUGUUCGUAGACCUUUGCCUCAAGAACAGGACACCGGAUGAAUGCCUCACUCACCUGUUAGAGUGGGGCAAGCAGAGAAAAGGCUUGCUGCAUGUGUGUUGCAAGGAGCUGCAGGUUUUUGGAAUGCCCAUCCACAGGAUCAUAGAGGUCCUGAACAUGGUGGAGCUAGACUGUAUCCAGGAGGUGGAAGUGUGCUGCCCCUGGGAGCUGUCCAUUCUUGUGAAGUUUGCCCCUUACCUGGGCCAGAUGAGGAAUCUCCGCAAACUUGUUCUCUUCAACAUCCGUGCAUCUGCUUGCAUCACCCCAGAAAACAAGGGGCAGUUCAUUGCCCGAUUCACCUCUCAGUUCCUCAAGCUGGACUAUUUCCAGAAUCUGUCUAUGCACUCUGUCUCUUUCCUCGAAGGCCACCUGGACCAGCUGCUCAGGUGUCUCCAGGCCCCCUUGGAGAUGGUCGUAAUGACCGACUGCCUGCUGUCAGAGUCAGACUUGAAGCAUCUCUCUUGGUGUCCGAGCAUCCGUCAGCUAAAAGAGCUGGACCUGAGGGGCAUCACACUGACCCAUUUCAGCCCUGAGCCCCUCGCAGUUCUGCUGGAGCAAGUUGAGGCCACCUGCAGACCUGGACUUAGAGGAUGUGGGAUCGUGGAUUCCCAACUCGGCGCCAUCCUGCCUGCCCUGAGCCGCUGCUCCCAGCUCAGCACCUUCAGCUUCUGUGGGAACCUCAUCUCCAUGGCCACCCUGGAGAACCUGCUGCGCCACACCGUCGGGCUGAGCAAGCUAAGCCUGGAGCUGUAUCCUGCCCCUCUGGAGAGUUAUGACGCCCAGGGUGCUCUCCGCUGGGGCAGAUUUGCUCAACUUGGGGCUGAGCUGAUGAAGACACUGAGGGACUUAAGGCAGCCCAAGAUCAUUGUGUUCAGCACCGUCCCCUGCCCUCGCUGUGGCAUCAGGGCCUCCUAUGAUGUGGAGCCCAGUCACUGCCUCUGUUGA